UGCAGUGUCCCUAAAGGACCGCCGCCCAUUUGGCCCUGAAGCUCCUUCGCCUUUCUUUAUCCUGCCAGCCCCAAGAAUUUCACUUUCACUUCUCAGCCAGCUGCUCUGGAGGAACUACGUACUUCGUACAGAUUGAGCCCGCUGGAGAGUGAAGCCUGAGUACGCCUGCCCCAGCUUUUCCUCAUCACUUAAACCAGGAGUCAAGACAUCUCCAAUGGGGUCUGAAGCAUUCCCUUUCAAUCUGCCCAUGCAUCCAGGAAUCUUUAAGCAAGAAGAGCCUCAAGAGUCAGGACAGGAAGAAGCCAGGGGAGGAGCUGCUGGGGUUUUAAAAUUCCUGGUGAACAUACAAGAAGACAUGACUUGUCCCAUCUGUCUGGAGCUUUUGACAGAACCCCUGAGUCUAGACUGUGGCCACAGCUUCUGCCAAACCUGCAUCACUGACAACAAGGAGUCAGAGAUUGGCCCAAGAGGGGAAAACAGAUGUCCUGUGUGUGGUAUCAGGUAUUCCCUUAGAAAUCUAUGGCUUAAUCAGCAUCUGGCCAACAUAGUGGAAGGGUUCAGGGAGGUCAAGUUGAGCCCAGAGGAGGGGCAGAAGAGAGAUCUCUGUGUGCGCCAUGCAGAGAAACUCCUGCUCUUCUGUAAGGAGGAUCGGAAGGUCAUUUGUCGGCUUUGUGAGAAGUCUCAGGAGCACCGUGGUCACCACAUAUUCCUCAUGGAGGAGGUUGUCCAGGAGUCUCGGGAGAAGCUCCAGGCAUCUCUAGAGAGACUGAGGAAAGAGCAACAGGAAGCUGAGAAGUUGGGAGCUGAAGUUAGAGAAGAGAGAACUUCCUGGAAGUAUCAGAUACAGACUGAGAGACAAAGGAUACAAACAGAAUUUAAUCAGCUUAGAAGAAUCCUGGACAGUGAGGAGCAAAAAGAACUGGAGAAAUUGGAGGAAGAGGAAAAGAAGACAUUGGAGGGCUUGGCUGAGGCUGAGGAUGAACUGCUCCAGCAGAGCCAGUUGCUGAAAGAGCUCAUCUCAGAUCUGGAGCGUCGCAGUGAAUGGUCAACAAUGGAGCUGCUGCAGGACAUGAGUGGAAUCAUGAAAUGGAGUGACACUUGGACACUGAAGAAGCCAAAAACUGUUUCCACAAAACUGAAGAGUGGAUUCCGUGCUCCAGAUCUGAGUGGAAUGCUGCACAUGUUUAAACAGCUAACACAUGUCCAGUGCUACUGGGUGGACAUCACAUUGAAUCCAUUCAACCUAAAUCUGAAUCUUGUCCUUUCAGAGGAUCAGAGACAGUUGGCGUCUAUGCCAAUUUGGCCUGUAAAGUAUUAUAAUUAUGGUACCUUGGGCUCCGAAUAUUUCUCCUCAGGGAAACACUAUUGGGAAAUAGAUGUGUCCAAGAAGACUGCCUGGAUCCUGGGGGUAUACUGUAGAAGACAUUCCCGUAAUACAAAGAUUGGUGUUAGACGAGGCAUAAAUCAUCAAAAUGUUUACUCCAGAUUCAGACCUGACAAUGGCUACUGGGUUGUAGGAUUACAGAAUGAAUCUGAGUACAAUGCCUUUGAGGACUCUUCCACCUCUGAUCCCAAGGUCUUGACUCUUUCCAUGGCUGUUCCUCCCUGUCGUGUUGGGGUUUUCCUAGACUAUGAAGCAGGCACUGUCUCAUUUUUUAAUGUCACAAACCACGGGUCACUCAUCUACAAGUUCUCUAAAUGUCGCUUUUCUCAGGCUGCAUAUCCAUAUUUCAAUCCUUGGAACUGUCCAGCUCCCAUGACUCUGUGCCAGCCAAACUCCUGAGCCUUCUCAUUCCCUCACCCACUUGUAGUGCCCCUUGUCCUAAGUGUCAUCUCCUGCACCUGAGCUCAUCUGUACCAUUCAUACCGUCUCUUCCUUGCUGUCUCCCUUUAGAAUUUUUACACAUCCUUGGGACGUACAGUUUCUGAUUUGAGUUAGGAGAGGACCUUAUUUACCCAUUUUUGUUUUCUCAAAGAAAGACAUCAGAGUCCCUCCUGAAGACAGCUGUAUUGGUAUGGUAGCAUCUGUGCCCUUCCAUUUAUCCAUAUUUUCCUUUAUCACUGACGUGAUGAGACGUGGUAAAACCUGUCUUCCAUCAUCCAUGAUCCUAAAACAGUUUAUAAUAAUCCCUAUCCACCAUCAACAACUAAGGAGUCUUUGAGUAUACGCCUGUGUUUGCCCAAGAUAUAGAAUGUUCAUUAGAGAGUCAAGAAAAGAAAAACAAAAAUAAUAUAUGUACCCAGAGUGAAAAUUCUGUGUUCAGAGUGUUUGAGUUCAAAUCCUCUCUUAUAGCUGUGUUAAUGAUGAAUAAAUUCUGAGUUUCUUUUUCCCAAAAUAGCAAUUGAGAUUUAAAACUGUACCUAACUCUUAAGAUCAUUGUCUACAACUGUCACUCAAUGUAAAGUACCUACUUAAGUGUCCUGCACAAUAUAAUAAAUAUUUGCUCUCGUGAUUACUGAAAAGUAUAAGCUGUGUCAGUGUCCUAUACAACAGAUUCGUGCCCUUGAGAGGAACAGUAAAUGAUUCUGCUGAAGUCUCAUUUUUUGAGUUCCCAGGCGCUGCUGUCAAGACCACUCCAGUUUCAGUCUUGUUUAUAGAACUUUUUAAACUGAUGCUGGGACUGUUUUCAAGGCCCUUUUGGGGAGGAAGGGUUAGAAAACUGCAACAUAGGAGUUUCCAAAUCUGUCCAGCAGAGGUAGCCAUGUCUUAAAAAGAACAGCCUUUUGGUGUUCAGGGCUUUACCUUGAGUUUGCCACCAUAUACACAUACCAUCUCACACACUUUUUUUUUCUAAUCAGUUUGAAAUUAUGAUGAGGUUUUGACUUACUCAGGAUAGCAAAGGAACAAACUUUUCUUAGAGGAGCAUACAUUAUAAAUUAGGGCCAAUCACUGUAUAGAGCCCAUAUCAAGAUAUCGAGGGGUAAUAACUUAUCUCAGGGGAAUGAGAAAGAAAGUAUGUGGCCUGGGAAAGGUAUGCAGAUGCACAUAUAAACCUCAUACUUACACACCAAAUGUAUAUAUGUAUAAUAUAUAAAUUAUGUACAUAAAUAUGUAGAGAAUGUUUAUCCCAAUUAAUCUUGAAAAAUACCAUAAGAAGAAAAAAUCCCUACAGGGUAGUUAAAUGAAUAUAUAAACUUAUGACGUGUUCCCCAAUAUCCCACAGCUAAUGAAUGGAGGAGGUAGGAUUAGAACUGGGUCUGUGUUUCUCUAGCACUGGUGCCCUUUCUGCAGUGUAUUCCUCCUGAAAAGGUAAGAGCCAGAUACCCCAGGAUGUGGGUUAGGAGGGAGAAUCCAGGAGAUGUAAUCUGCAGAAGGAGCCAGGAGCAUCAUGGGAAAAUCUUAGGUAUCAAUAUAGACUGAUGUGUUCAAUCCAUGUAGCCUUUAGUGAUUUAGGAGCAGCUCGUGGUAUUGGCUUGAAACAUGUUGAGUUUUUUCAUGAUCAGGGAGCUCUUGCAGGUGACAUACAGGGUGAACAUUGGGAGUUAAGAACCUGAACUUUGAAAUGAGAUAGAAUAUCAUUAUUGUGAUGUUGCUCCUUGCAGGCCCUUAUUAAAUGAAAUGUAAUUGGAUUCAGUUUCUCAUCAGAAAUAAACAUACUAGAACUUACCUGACAGUGAUAUGGGGGAAUUUAAUAAUAGAAUGUUUGCAAUAACUUCCUCAUUUCCUAGCACUUAAAUACUGAUCCAGAUUGGUGUUAAUUAAUUUUCACUGUGA